AUGAAGCUGUGUUUGACUUUAAUCUGUGCAGUUCUUCUCUCCACAGAGGCUAAAACUGUGCACAAACACAUUGCUGUAGACCUGUGCUCUGAUACAGAUCAGCAGAGUUUGUAUGGACUUGAUGGAGAAGAACUGUGGUACGCUGACUUCGAGCAGGGCAUAGGAGUGCUGACAAUACCACAGUUUGCCGAUCCAUCCUCCUUUGAAGAAGGAGCCUAUGAGAACAGUGUUAUUAAUGUAGAAAUAUGCAAACAAAACUUGGCUAAAACUAUAGCAGCUAACAAUAACCCGGCAGAACUAACGGAUGCCCCUCAAAGCUCACUCUACUCCAAGGACGAUGUGGAGCUGGGCUCCAAUAACACCCUCGUCUGUUUCAUUACUGGAUUCUACCCACCACGCAUUGGAGUGUGGUGGACCAAGAACAGUAUAAACGUGACUGGUGGAGUUAGUUUUAGUAGAUUUUAUCCACUCAGUGAUGGAACCUUCAACCUGAUCUCUCGUCUGAGCUUCAUACCAGAAAAGGGAGACGUCUACACCUGCACUGUGGAGCAUGCGUCCCUGGACAGACAUCUGACCAAAACAUGGGAUGUUCAGGAGGCUCUGCCCAAUGUGGGUCCCAUUGCGUUCUGUGGAGUGGGUCUGGGUGUAGGACUGAUCGGAGUCAUUGUCGGAAUUGUCUUUCUCGUCAAAGGAAAAAAAUGCAACUGA